AUGCCGAAGUACAGAGACGGAGAUAGCCGAUCCGAUCGAAGGAGCGGCCCCUACGAUGGAAGUAAUAAGCAAAAACAUCGCAGUCGCGACCGUGAUCGCAGUGAUGAUCGUCGCAAACAUAGAAGACGAAGUGAUGAUUUGGAACCCUGUUCUACCUUUGAUGACAUGAAACUGAAGCCCGAUUUGCUCAAGGGCAUCUACGCUUACGGAUUUGAGAAACCUUCCGCCAUUCAGCAACGAGCGAUUCGACCGAUUGUCCGUGGACGAGACGUGAUUGCACAAUCACAAUCCGGAACAGGAAAGACAGCUGUCUUUUCCAUUUCCACGCUGCAAUUGCUCGACGAAACCUCGCGGGAAGUCCAAGCUCUAGUUUUGAGUCCGACACGAGAAUUGGCAGAACAAAGUCAACGUGUGAUACAAUCCUUGGGAGAUUUUAUGAAUGUCAAUUGCCAUGCUUGCAUUGGUGGAAAGUCGCUAGGACAAGACUUGAAAGAGCUAGAAAGAGGCGGUGUGCAAGUGAUUUCUGGAACUCCUGGGCGUGUAUAUGAUUUGAUUAGACGAAACGCUUUGAGAAUGACGCAACUAAAGGUUAUGGUGUUGGAUGAGGCAGAUGAAAUGUUGAAUCGAGGAUUCAAGGAACAGAUUUAUGAUAUUUAUAGAUUCCUUCCGGUGGGGUGCCAAGUCGUAUUGAUGAGUGCCACACUUCCAGCAUCGGUAUUGGAAAUGACUCAAAAGUUCAUGUCAGACCCAAUCCAGAUUCUUGUGAAGCGAGAUGAAUUGACGCUCGAGGGAAUCCGUCAGUUUUUCAUUUCCGUCGAGAAAGAAGAGUGGAAAUUCGAUACGCUUUGCGAUUUGUAUGACACCUUGACCAUCACGCAAGCAGUCAUCUUCUGCAAUACUCGUCAAAAGGUCGAUUGGCUGGCCGAGAAAAUGAAGGAGAAUCAGUUCACUGUCAGCGCUAUUCACGGUGACAUGGACCAAGAUACCCGUGACAAAGUUAUGGACGACUUUCGUUCCGGCACCUCGCGUGUUUUGAUUGCCACCGAUCUAUGGGGCCGUGGAAUUGAUGUCCAACAAGUCAGUUUGGUAAUCUGCUACGAUCUACCGAGUAAUCGGGAACUUUACAUUCAUAGAAUUGGUCGAUCUGGUAGAUUUGGAAGAAAGGGUGUGGCUAUCAACUUUGUGCGCAAAGAAGAUGUUCGUUUGCUACGGGAUAUCGAACAGUUUUACAGCACCCAGAUUGAUGAAAUGCCAGCUGAUGUAGGGGAUCUAUUGUAA